AUGUGUUCGUUAAAUAAAAUAAUCUUAACAUUUACAAUCUCCGUAGUAAUAAACAAUGCCCAUAAUUCAUUAAUCAACACCAAUAAUAAUAUCGAAGAACGUGGUUCAGCAUUAUUACCCGGUGAUUUUAUCUUUGGUGCGUUAUAUUCAAUACAUCAUCAACCAAAACAAAAGCGUACAGCGCAAUCACAAGACUCCGGUAAUAUUUUAAAGUGUGGUGAAGUGCGUGAAAUGUAUGGUAUACAACGUGUUGAAGUGACUUUCCAAACGUUGGAUAUUAUUAAUAAAGAUCCAAGGAUAUUACCAAAUAUUACGUUGGGUGUGGAAAUACGUGAUUCAUGUUGGUAUGCACCAGUGGCGUUACAACAAUCGAUUGAAUUGAUUCGCGAUUCAAUAUCACCGAAUUCAGCGGCACGGGGUGAAGGCGGUUUGGAUACGUGUCCCGUUAAUGAUAAUAAUCCGGUGAUAUGGGUCAAUGGUAAUCCAGAUUCACUGGAUACAAAUAAUGAAAAACGACAAGUUCGACCAUUAAUUGGUGUAAUUGGUCCAGGAUCAUCGUCGGUUGCACUACAAGUACAAAAUUUAUUACAAUUAUUUCAUAUACCACAAGUUGGAUAUUCAACUACGUCCAAAGAUCUAAGUGAUAAAAGUCGUUUUAAUUAUUUUUUACGUGUGGUCCCAUCCGAUUAUUAUCAAGCGCAAGUAAUGGUCGAUGUUGUGAAACGAUUCAAUUGGACAUAUGUUUCAGCUGUUAACACUGAUGAAAAUUAUGGCCAAGCUGGUAUUCAGGCAUUUCGAGAAUUAGCCGAACGUUCAGAUGUAUGUAUUGCUAAAGAAGAUUCAGUUUUAAGUAAUGCAGACGAUGAAGAUUUUGAUGAUGUUAUUCGGAAUUUAGUACAAGAUACAAGCGCCCAGGUUGUGGUAUGUUUUUGUGAGGGAAUGACAGUCCGUGGAUUGUUACAAGCCACAAAACGAUUAAAUUAUACUGGACGAUUAUUGUUUAUUGGAAGUGAUGGCUGGGCCGAUCGUCACGAUGUUACCGAACAUUUAGAAUUAGAAGCCCAUGGAAGUAUAUCAAUUCGAAUUCAUUCUCCUUACGUACAUUCCUUCGAUGAUUACUAUUUUAAUUUACGUCCCGAUACCAAUUUACGUAAUCCAUGGUUCAAAGAAUUCUGGCAAGUGAAAUUCUCAUGUCGUUUCCCCGACGAUAACAACAAUCCGGGUACAUCCACUGUAUAUUCACUUACGGAGGGCGAAUCGCCAAAAGCCUGUACAGGUGAAGAACGUUUAAAAGAACGUUAUAAACAAGAUCCAAAAUUAAGUUUUGUAAUAAAAGCAAUCUAUACAUUAGCAUAUGGUUUACAUACAAUGCAACAAGAUUUAUGUGGCCGUAAUACUGUUGGAUUAUGUCCACAACUUUAUCCAUUUAAUGGUUCAUUAUUUAAGAGUUAUCUAAUGAAUGUAUCAUUUACAUUAGAAGAUGGUGAUGUUGUUGAAUUUGAUAGUCGUGGAGAUCCACCAGGCAGAUACGAUAUCAUGAAUUUUCAAUUACUAGAAGAUGGCAAUUACGACUACAUUCAGGUUGGUGAUUGGAACAAUGGAACAUUGGGUUUUACACGUGAUCUACAAUUUGGACCAGAUCGUGGUCUACGUCCACCGGAAUCAGUAUGCUCACGGCCAUGUGAUCCUGGUUCUUAUAAGAAUUUCCAGAAAGGUGGUCAAGAUAAACGAUGCUGUUGGGUAUGUGUACCAUGUCGAUCGAAUGAAAUACUUGCAGAUGAGACUACAUGUCGAAAAUGUCCACCUGGCACAUGGCCGAACACAAAUAAAACAUAUUGCAAUCAUAUCCCAGUGGAAUUCGUCCAAUGGACGGAUACUCAAGCCAUCGUUGCAAUUGUUUUUUCAUGUAUUGGAUUCUUAACAACAGCAUUUGGUUGCAUUGUUUUUGUACGUUUCAACAACACACCAGUGGUGAAAUCUUCGACACGCGAAUUAUCCUACUUAAUAUUAGCCGGAAUGACGCUAUCUCAUGCGACAACUUUUCCAAUUAUAUCAAAACCAUCCGAUAUUUCAUGUUCGCUAUCGCGUACUUUACCCGGAAUAAGUUUCGCAAUGAUUUAUGCAUCACUUUUAACGAAAACAAAUCGUAUUGCACGAAUUUUAGCCGGUUCAAAAAAACGUUUUCCAACACGUAAACCACGUUUUAUGUCUGGAACAUCACAAGUUUUAAUCACAUGUUUUUUAAUUAGUUUGGAAGUUGGUUUUGCUAUAACAAUGUUAAUUUAUGAGCCAGCGGAUGCAACGUUUCAAUAUCCGGCUUUGGAUCGGGUGAUUUUAGUUUGUAAUACAACACCAACGGGGGUGUUGGCACCGUUAGCAUUCGAUUUUUUUCUAAUUAUUUUAUGUACGGUGUACGCGCUGAAAACACGUAAUGUACCAGAAAAUUUCAAUGAAGCAAAAUUUAUUGGAUUUGCAAUGUAUACGACGUGUGUGAUUUGGGUGGCGUUUGUUCCGAUUUAUUUUGGUAGUGAAACGAAGAUUAUAACAAUGUGUGUUUGUGUAACACUAAGUGCAAUGGUCACAUUUGUCUUUUUAUUUAUACCAAAAAUGUAUAUAAUACUAUUACGACCCGAACGGAAUAAUCGGGCGUUAUUCACUACAUCCAAAUCCAUACGUUGCCACAUCGGAUCACGUGUUGCUUCGGCCGUAUCAGAGAAAUCAUCAUUUAGUAGUUCGGGCUUUCAAGAAUCCGCAACAUCAUCGCAUCAUCAUUGGCGUAGCGGUGGCGAUAUGGAAAAUAUGACACAAACUACAACGGCAUCAUCGAUUUCAUCACAAAUACAACAUGCAACACAGUAUUCGGUAUCGUCAACGAAUUCUAUGGCACCACCAACAGGAAGACGGGAAGUUGGUUUUGGAGGUGGUGGAAUCAUGACAAAGCCACAUGUCAAUUGGAAAGAUAAACAAUCAAAUCAAAUGGGAAAAAAUGAAUUCGACGAUCAAAGAAAACCAGAAAAACGUACAUUAUCAUGUCAAACCGGCAACGAACUAAUCCAAUUUUUAAUACAAGCUCAUCUCUUAUCAUUAAAAUCAUCACCACCAUUGUUACAACAACAACAACAAUCAUCAUCACCAACAACAAUGUCAAUUAAACAGCAACAGAUUGAUAACACAAACAACAAUGAAAUUCAACAAAUCAAAUGGACUGAAUUAAAUGCACGUACAUUAAUGGAUCCCGAAUAUACAUCCAUUAUACGUUAUCGAACAAAUUCGAAUUCGACAACGCCACGAUUAAUUUCACGACGUGCUGCGACACGCAUCCGUGAAGAAAGCGCUUCAGAUGCAUCGUUAAGUGAUAAUGAUAGCUGCCAAUUAAAAAAUAUUACAAUUAGUUUAGGUUCGAUAACAUCUGUACAUAGUCAUCAUAAUUACAGUACACAGGCGAAGCCGAGUGUGACAAGUAAUGGGAAAUGUUUACAAGAGAAUUUAACACGUUCAAUGACACCCAUAUCAUGGACCAAAACUAAUUUAGAUUCACCGCCAAAUAGUUUAGUGUAAAAAAUAAAACAUCGCGUUGAUUAGACCCGUUAAAAAAACGUUAUUCCGAUUUUCCGGGGGGUUUCGUUGUAGAAAAUGAAAUUUUUCUGUUAAUUUGAGUCUUUAUUUAUAGUGAAUUGGUGAAAAUAAAGUUUCGAAGCGAGGAGUUCUCUCAGGGGAUGCAUCAUGCCCUGGGCGCUACCCACAAAGGACGCCAAAUGAUCCGCAGAAAGUAAGUUUGGCGUUAAGAAAGUAUUGUGAUCCAGGAGCGAAUUAAGCUCGCUACGCCACUGCUUUGGGAUAGUCCACCUUUGUCUUAAUAUCCUUGAAAAAAGAUACAAUCAAGCCAAAACUUUGCAAGCCUAUGCAGGGCUCAUAUUAUUAUACCCAAUUUUAAUUUAGAAUAGAAUACUUUACAAAGUGUCUUCAUUUUUGAUUUAAUUUUAAAAAAAGGGACAAUUUUUGACGAGAUUCAUCAACAUAUUAUACAUGACUUAUAUUUUAGUAACCAGGAUGUGUUAAAAUAACAAUACCAAUAAUAAAUUUUAAUCC